GGGGCCGGGGCAGGCCCGGGGCGGGGCCUGCGGUGAGCUCGCGCUGGGCGGGCUGUUCCGGGGGCGGGACUGGGCUGGGCCUGCGGUGAGCAUCAGGCGAUGCGGCACGGGUGCUGCGGGACACACGGACACGCCUACGAUUAGACCCAGGCAGGCACCUACCGGCGAGCGGCCGCGGGCGACUCCCAGGCGCGGCGGUACCUCACGGUGGUGAAGGUCACAGGGCUGCAGCACUCCCAGUAGACCAGGAGCUCCGGGAGGCAGGGCCGGCCCCACGUCCUCUGCGCACCACCCUGAGUUGGAUCCUCUGUGCGCCACCCCUGAGUUGGAUCCAGGGCUAGCUGCUGUUCACCUUCCCACUCCCACGCUGCCCUCCUGCCUGCAGCCAUGACGCCCCUGCUCACCCUGAUCCUGGUGGUCCUCAUGGGCUUACCUCUGGCCCAGGCCUUGGACUGCCACGUGUGUGCCUACAACGGAGACAACUGCUUCAACCCCAUGCGCUGCCCGGCUAUGGUUGCCUACUGCAUGACCACACGUACCUACUACACCCCCACCAGGAUGAAGGUCAGUAAGUCCUGCGUGCCCCGCUGCUUCGAGACUGUGUACGAUGGCUACUCCAAGCACGCGUCCACCACCUCCUGCUGCCAGUACGACCUCUGCAACGGCGCCGGCCUUGCCACCCCAGCCACCCUGGCCCUGGCCGCCAUCCUCCUGGCCACCCUCUGGGGUCUGCUCUAAAGCCCCCGAGGCAGACCCACUCAAGAACAAAGCUCUCGAGACACUGCUGCACCCUCGCACCCAGCUCACCCUGCCUCACCCUCCACCCUCCCUGCGACCUCCUCGGCCGUGCCCAGGGUCAGAACUGUGGGUGAGAAAACACCUGACCUCCCCCAACCACCACACGACCUCACUUCGAGGCCUUGACCUUUCGAUGCUGUGUGGGAUCCCAAAAGCGUCCGGCUUUGGUGGGCUGCUCAGCCCCUCGCCUGUCCAGGGCUAUUUAUGGGGAGGGGCCCAGUCGGGCAGGGAGCGCUGAGCAGAUGGGAGCUGUGGCCAAGCCCACCUUCUGGGAAGCCCUAGGAGAGGCCCCUGCCUCAGUCUGCCCCGGGUGUGCUGGGGCAGGGGGAAGAGGAGGAAUGCCCCCAGGUAGGGUGGUGGGGAGACUCUUAGGAGGAAAGGCUCUUCCAGGCCUAGGAAGGCUGUCAACGCUUUCUACUAAGGCCAGGAGCUGCCAGGGCCAGUGCAGGAUCAGGGCUGUGGGGGGAAGGCCUUCGGCACCGGCCCCUGUGCUAGGAAGGCUGCCAGGCCCGUGUAGGAGCUGGCCCCUGCAGGGGAGGGGGCGGCUCUGCCUCAGCAGGCCCCAGGGCCCCCGAAGUCGCAGAAGAUUUUCCGGGUCCAGCAAGGGGUGUGUGUCAUCUCAGUCAAACCCCUUGACGUUUCCCACCCCCUCACGGGGAGGGCGCCGGGCCUCAGGCUGGCAGGACCUAGGGCCGUGCUAUAUUUGGUGGGUCCUGGACGCUGACCCGGCCAGCGCUAUUCUGGGCAGGGAAGGAAAGGGGCAGGGCAGGUGGCCUGCCUGAGGCCUGGUCCCCAACCACAGCAGGACCUGGCCGAGCAAAAGGCAAAAGACGCAGGAUUGGGGGAUGCGCCCACAGGCUGGGGGUUGGGAACAGCCUGGGGCUGGCGUGGGCGUAGGCGUGGGAAGAUGGAGCAUGCCACCCUCUCAUGGCCGCGAGGGGCGGGAGUGGGGAGGGCGGGGUGGGGAGGGCGGAGACCCAGCCCCUCCCCCGCAGCGGGAUGCGCACAGUGAGUGGGUCCCUCCAUCACCUUCCACCUGGUUCUGCACCCACUGGGAGGGCAGGGUGGAAGCCCCAGCUGGGUGUGGGGACUCCCAGGGACCCCACCCCAGGCCUGUGAAGCAGGGGUCAGCCCAACACCCACCAAUCCAUCCCCAUGCAGGUAGGCCAGGGAGCGCCUGCCCCCGCUGCGAAUGGGGCCUUGGGGGGCAUAAGACCUUUUGGUGCCAGCGGUCACGCUGCACCUGAGGCCCCCACCUGACCAGUGCUCCCAGCUCUGGUGUCCUUGGAAGCCCUUCAAGCCAUCCCGCAUGGGCAGGAUGGUGACAGUCCAUGUGGUAGGAUUGUCCCGGCCUCAAAAAAAGUGUGGCCCUGGUCAGGGGAGCCCCUGCUGGAAAUUGCAUCUCCAGAGCUUUGAUGCAGGACCCCUGGGGGAUCAGGGAAUGAGAGUCUAGACCCCAGGGGUCUCCCUGCAGUGAGUCUAUAUGCAGGCCUGCAUUCUGCUCCUGGGGCUGGGGCUGAAUGCCCAGCCUCAGUCUCCUGAGAACAUGAGGACGGGAGCGGGGCAGAGUCUUGCUGAGGGCACACCCAGUUCCCGUUGGAGCAGGGCAGUGCCAGUCUCCUGCAAAGGGGCCUUGGGUGGGAACGGGCCCGGAGUGGGAGGAACGUGACUCCCCAGAGGGAAGAUGGGCGUCGUCCUGGGCCCAGAGCUGGGAAGGAGUUGCUGCCCACACAGGGUGGGCCUGGGCUCCCCUCGCCCCUACCCCCAGUGGCUGUAGCACUGAGCCUGGAGAGCAGGCCCGGCCCGGGGUGGCUGGGAGGCUGCCAGGGGCCUCCCAGAGCUCCCAAGGGCCCCCACCUGCAAGGACCAGCCUCAGGGCAGUGCCGGGAUGAGGCCCUGUCAGUGGCCGCCAGCAAUGCCUCGGGAUGCUCACUGGGAGGGAGGCGGCUUUGGGCUCCCGCGUCCUUGGGAGAGGCUGGGAGCAGUCACUGCGCGGCUUGCGCAAGCCCCUUGUCGGGUCGGGUGGCUUCCUCAGCCAGGGCUGGGAGGGCACCAGGAUCAGGUCCUCCCUGUCUCGCGUCUCAGUGGGGUGAUGGGGAGGAGACCUGGCCAGCCGUGGCUCAGGGGCAGCUGAGAACAAGGACCUGCUGGAGCUGGAAGUGCCGUGGUGUUGAGGGGUGGGGUGGGCAGCUUCUCACACCUGCCUCCUGCCUCCAUCUGUCCACCUUUCCCCCACCCUGACCUGUCCCAGCCCCACACAUGGUUCUGCCUGGCUGGCCUGCCCUUGGCACCUGGCGUAGAGCACACAGAAGGCACUCGGCUAAUGCUGGGCAGGCCCACUCAUGGGGAGUGCGUGGCUGUGCAGCACCAGGGAACCGGCACAGCAGCGCCGGCAGAAAUCACAGCAGUAAACUCGUCCGGGUUGUAUGCAUCAAGGUGGCGACAGACGUGGGUCCCCCCACUGCACUGUGGCCCUGAGCAGUGUAUAGCAGCCCUGCAAUGGGAGCCAUUAUCUUGCCCCUUUGACAGAGGAGGAAACUGAGGCACAGGGAGGUGAAGUAGCUGCCACACACUAGUGCCUCCUGGCUCACUCACCACCCCCUGCACCACAGUGCAGCCGCUUCUCCCACCAGCUGAGGUUCCUUAGACCCCCAAGCCUGGGAAUGGGGAGGUGAGUUUACAAAAUGGAAAGCUUAAAAGGAGAAAAGUGGAACCAGAGGGUGGAGAAGCCCUCAGUGGUAGAGUAAGGCCUCCAGUGCUGCCUCCGGGUGCAGGGCAGAGCGGCAGAGGAAAGGGGGAGAGGCACCGGGCACCAUGGGGGCCCAGUUCCCACUUCGGGGAUCUCUCUGGCAGAACCAAGGGUCCCCUUCAUGGGGGUAGAUGCCCAGGGCUAGCCGUUGCCACUGUCUGUGUGGACCUGAGUCCUGGGCAUGCCCGAGUGACUCAGCAGUGGCUGCUUGGGCGGGCUCUGGCACCCUAGCAUGUUAUCCAUUCUGGGAACUGGAGUCAGCCACUAGAGAAGUUGGAGCUGCAGGAAGUGACCCUGGGGUGGGACCUGGGGACAUGGCCGGGUCGGCAUGGGACACCUGGCUCCAGCAGGAGCUCUGGUCUGUCCUGGUGUCUUUGGGGGCAGGGCUGCGGCCCUGGGCAGGCUUCCUCCAGGUGGAGGUCCUGGGAAAGUGGGGGAGCCAGGCUGGCUGCCGCCUCCCCCACUACGUAGCGUCUGAUUCGUCCUCUCCCAUGAAGGUGAUUUGGUUCAUAACCCUGAAACUCUGAAAAAGGUCCAAAGAGGAGAGAGGCCCUCGGUGGAGAUGCCGAGCUUUUCUGCAGGUGCUUUGUCCCACUGCUCUGGGUGGUCUGCGCUCGUCUUCAAGCCUCAGCUCGCGGGGAGGGCCUGAAUCUGCCAGCCCCUCUCAGCAUCUCCUUCCCUCUGGGCCCUCCCCAGCCUUAAGGAGCCUCCCAGACAGAAGGGUGGACAGAGCCACCUGGGCAGCCCGAGAGACACACGGGGGUCCUCCCUGUGGACAGCCCUGCCAGCUUCCGCCCAGCCCUGAGCUUCGUUUGCAUUUUGAGUAAGGGGUGGUGAAAUGGGAAUGCUGGUCCGGCUCAGCUGGUCGUGGGCAUAAGUGCCCGCUGGAUGGAUGGCGUCUCUCCCUCCUGUCUUCUGUCCUGGGAUCCAGGUGCUUCCCAGGGCCAUACCCCUGCUGCUAAUGCCCUAACCCUUACCCUAACCAGCAUCCAGCGUCGUCUCACCGAGCCAUGAAUAAAUCAGCGGAUUCGC